GCAUGCGUGCGUGAGUGCGUCAGACGCUGAGCGGAGAGGACGGCGAGCGGCCCGCGGAUCUGAUCUGAUCCGAUCCUCUUCAACUCUACGCCCGCACUCACUCACCCGGCCAGCCAGCCAGCCAGCAUCGCUAUGGAGGCGGACUCGGUCAUCGAGGACAAAACCAUCGAGCUGAUGUGUUCUGUGCCCAGGUCUUUGUGGCUAGGCUGCUCCAACCUGGUAGAGAGCAUGUGCGCACUGAGAUGCCUGCAGAGCAUGCCCAGUGUCAGAUGUCUCCAGAAUACAUCGGUUAUGGAGGAUCAGAAUGAAGAUGAGUCUCCAAAGAAGAAUACGGUUUGGCAGAUCACAAAUGGGCCCCCUUCCAUGAUAGUCCCCAGAAAGAGGCCUUCAGGAAACUACGAAAAAGAGAAGGAUUUGUGUAUUAAAUACUUUGACCAGUGGUCUGAAUCAGAUCAGGUGGAAUUUGUGGAGCACCUAAUCUCCCGGAUGUGCCAUUACCAGCAUGGACAUAUUAACUCCUAUCUGAAACCGAUGUUGCAGCGGGAUUUCAUCACUGCUUUACCAGCCCAAGGAUUGGACCAUAUAGCAGAAAACAUCCUAUCGUACCUGGAUGCUAAGUCGCUGUGCGCCGCUGAGGUGGUGUGCAAAGAAUGGCAGAGGGUGAUUGGUGAGGGAAUGCUGUGGAAAAAACUCAUCGAAAGAAUGGUACGCACGGACCCACUGUGGAGGGGACUUGCAGAGAGGAGGGGAUGGGAACAAUACCUGUUCAAAAAUCGUCCUGCUGAUGGUCCACCAAAUUCAUUUUACAGAGGAUUGUACCCAAAGAUUAUCCAGGAUAUAGAGACCAUAGAAUCCAAUUGGAGGUGCGGGCGGCAUAACCUUCAGAGAAUCCAGUGUCGGUCAGAAAACAGCAAAGGUGUUUACUGUCUCCAGUAUGACGAUGAAAAAAUAAUCAGUGGUUUGAGAGAUAACUCAAUCAAAAUUUGGGAUAAACAGUCGUUGGAAUGUUUGAAAAUACUAACAGGUCACACAGGCUCUGUGCUUUGUCUGCAGUACGAUGAGCGAGUUAUUGUUACUGGGUCUUCAGACUCUACAGUAAGGGUCUGGGAUGUCAAUACAGCAGAGGUCCUGAACACACUGAUACAUCACAAUGAAGCUGUAUUACACCUUCGGUUCAGUAAUGGAUUGAUGGUUACAUGCUCAAAGGACAGAUCGAUAGCUGUGUGGGACAUGGCCUCUCCGACUGACAUCACUCUGAGACGGGUUCUCGUUGGCCAUCGGGCAGCAGUCAAUGUAGUGGACUUCGAUGACAAGUACAUUGUAUCAGCAUCGGGUGACCGAACUAUUAAAGUGUGGAGCACAAGCACUUGUGAAUUUGUACGUACCUUGAACGGCCACAAGCGUGGAAUAGCGUGCCUUCAAUAUCGGGAUCGAUUGGUUGUCAGCGGGUCCUCGGACAACACCAUCAGGUUGUGGGACAUAGAAUGUGGUGCUUGUCUGCGGGUCUUAGAAGGACACGAAGAGUUGGUUCGAUGUAUUCGCUUCGAUAACAAGAGGAUUGUGAGUGGAGCUUAUGACGGCAAAAUAAAAGUAUGGGACCUGCAAGCUGCGCUUGAUCCUCGUGCCCCAGCUAGUACAUUAUGUCUACGCACCUUGGUGGAACACUCUGGCCGGGUAUUUCGACUGCAGUUUGAUGAAUUUCAGAUUAUCAGUAGUUCCCAUGAUGACACCAUUCUGAUCUGGGAUUUCUUGAAUGUGCCAUCGAAUAACCAGAAUGAAACUCGCUCUCCAUCAAGGACGUACACCUAUAUCUCAAGAUAAUGAAAUAAUUGGUCACUACCUGGAGCAGGGGCUGGAAUGACUACUGGAUAUUAGCUAUGCAGAGCCUGAAGAUGACUAUGCUCAAAAACCAUGUUUAGUGUGGUAGCUUGGUUUCUGUGGAUGUGGACAGAUUGAAACCAGCAAGAUAUCAGUACAGUACUUCAUGCCUUCUUCCCCCCCCCCCCCCCCCCCCCCAUUUCCCUUCCUUGAAUUCCCCCACCCCUUCUUUCCUGCGUUUCUUCCCUCAGAGACCUCAGAAUAGACUCUUAUUGCAGAACUUGCGAGAUUGGACAUAUAACGAGUCUAAUCGCCUGCCAUACCAUAUACAUAACGAAGAAAGUGGUUUCUGGUUCCAAAACUCAGUGUUGCGGAAAUGGAUUCUUCCAAAUGGACUCUCUGCCAAACGAUAGAUUGGAAGAACUUGGCCCUUUCAGUGUCGCUUUGCACUUUGCCCUGAGAAAACGGGGAUGAAGUCAUUUGUUGGAACAUUUUGUUUCUUUGUUUGGGUGCCAUAUUGUUUUACAACGACAUGUGGAAUUUUUCAAAGCUUGGUAUGUAUUGGGAAGCAGUAUUCUGUCAAAACUUGUAAAGGUGCCCUGGAAUUUGGCUCAAUUUCUCUCAUUUUCAUUUAGAUUAUUAUUAAUGGAUGCAUGUUCAGCACAAGGAAAACAGUGCAUCGAAUGAAUUCCUAAAGUUGGUGUUUUUUGAAUGGGGUGGGGGGUGUUCUUUUUUAAAAUAUAUAUAAUAUAUAUAUAAUAUAUAUAUGAUAUAUAUAUUAUAUAUAAAACUAACAGUAAAUAGAAGUGGUAGCUGCUUAUAUAUGAAAAUUACAUGCAUUUGAGCUGUGUCGAAUGUAGCUAGUUGUAUAUAAAUGUUGUGUGCUAAUUGUAUAGUAACCAGUUUGAAGCUUCUCAUGGUUUUUAACCCCUUUCCCUUCAGUGUUCCUGAAACUAAAUGAGGGCUAUGUUGCACUAACUGUGAAAAGCAUGUACUUACGUGUGGACUGCUGUGCCCCGUACCUCUUUAGAAACAGGGCCACUACUGUGUUCAAGAGUGAAACCCAGUUUGAUUUUAAAUACAGAUUAGUGACCUCAUUUCUCUUCUCAUUUCAAAUAUUUUCUUUUUACAGGAAGAUGUGGAAGUCCUAUUUGAAAUUGUAUUUAAAAUUACAUUGGAUUUAUUAAGGAAAGCUUUUUCAUUUUUCUCUACCCCCCCCCCCCCCUUCCAAACUCCCACCUCAAGCCUCUAGUAUAUAAUUAGGUGCAGUUCUUGGACCAAGUAAUUAUUGACUAUCUUUGUUUUUGUACAUAUUCUGGAAUCCUCCUAGUGUUUUAGCCUGAUGUGGUCAUCUGCUACCUAGCUGCCAGACAAGCUUCAGACUAAAUAAAAUGAUUCUCUCCUCCUUCCCACAGCCUUUCAAAGAAAGGUUGCAAUUUCCUAGAGCACACGUUUUGUAAAGGUUGAAAGCUAUGUUUUAAGACAUCUCAAUUAACAUUAUUAUCUUUGCAGAAGCGGUUUCUGCAAGUAUUGCCUCUAUAGUUUGUGUAUGUUGCAAACAUUGUCACGGCCAAAGCUCAGAUUCUGUACUCUUCCCCCUUCUCUCCCCUGAGGAGGGGAUUCAACUGCUUGUGUUUUACACAUUUUGAGAGACAAGGCGUCUGGUCCCACAAAAGUUGGUGUCUUGUUUGUAUUUGGGUGUAUAUUUUGUAAUGCUUUAAUUUAAAGACCUGUUUUGAAGUCCUAUGCCCAGUGUGUGCUGCAAAGGAAUCUUUUUUUCAGUUGGCAGCUGCAGAACCAUGUAGCAGGAAUGCAAGGAACCGAGGAUUAAGGAACUGUUUGACAUUGGCUGUACUCUACGAGUAUGCUUAGUGCUCACAGCUGUGGACCCUGCUGAGGGACAGUCCGGCUGAUGCUCUGAAAGUGCUGGGAUAUGAUGAUUAUGUCAUGUAAUUAUGUUUGAAACCUCCGAACCCUGCCAUCUUACCAGUUGAAAUAAGUAUAUAUGUCGGGACAGUUCAUUACGACUGUUAUAAAUGUACAGAAAAUUGUUUCAGUUCAAGCUUUACCGUGGAAUGUGCUUAAUAAAUUCAGUUUAAAAAAAUGACUGAGCUAAACGGAGCAAUUGAAUGUGCAGAGGGGAGUGUCCUUCACAAAGCAGGAGGCUCGUAAACCCUUGGGUGAUCUAUAGUAGAUCAUCCCAACCGUGUGUUGUCAGUAAUACUGUUGACGCAAUGUUAUAUCUGUCUUGUAUUCAUUUCAACAAGGUAAGUUCAGGGGUGAGCUAACCCAGGCCAUUAAGUAGAUAUCAUUAUCGAGUUGGUAGAUUAAAAAUACACUAUUUCCCUGGGUAGAAACAUUUAGGGUAAGGGGGCAUAACUUUAAAACUAGUUAAGCAGUUGAGUAACUCAGCAGAACAGGCAGCAUCUCAGAAGGAAUUAUAUUAUUAAUUAUUAAUUCUAUUAUUCAUAGAAGGAAUUGGGUGACGUUUCAGAGUGAAGGAUCUUGACCCGAAACGCCACCCAUUUCUUCUGUCCAGAGAUAUGCUGCCUGUCCCGCUGAGUUACUCCAGCAUUUUGUGUCUAUCUUCAGUGUAAACCAGCAUCUGCACUUCCUUCCUACACAUUGAGCAGUUGAGUAAUGGUCUCGGGAAAGGGUGCUUCCAAGGGAGGUGGGUGGAGAUCUGGAAUUCCGAGAUUUAAAGAAUUUUGUGAGGUAAAGAUAUUAAGGAAUUUGGAACCAAGGAGGGUGAAAUAAUGAAUCAAUUAUGCUAAAGUCAAAUGGUGAUCAAGACUGAAGAAAUGCAAGGUCUAUUGUACGUGUGGAGUCCUCAACUUGUGUUCUGCACUGUUCCAAGAUCUACUUGUUGCAGUGGGAAAUGUACAUACAGUAAAGGGUAAACCUCAGCUGUAAGGGACCUACCUGUGUGCAGUGAAUACAUGCUCUUCAUCCAUAUUCCAGCCUUGACUAAACUGGACAACUUUGGGUUGAUCCAGUCAAGAAUGUUCCUCCAAGAUUGAGAUUCAAACCGAAUCGAACCAUCGUUAGACGGAGUUUUCCUCUAUUCCGUCUGAUCUGCAUCCACGAUGGAAUUGCCUGGGAAUUCGGAAUCUUUUUGGACAAAAAUAUUCCAUUAUUUAAAAGUUCUACAUGGCAAAACUGGGGCACUAGCAAUUGAGCCUGGACACAAACUGACAUUCCAGAAGAGAGCAAAGUUUUUUUAACUGGUCAAUCAAUGCUAGAUAGAAAAGUUAACUUUGAAUACAUAAACUGUAAUAGCCAGUAAUUGAAGCUCUUGGAAGCCGAUUUAUGACGUUUUUCCCAAAUAAUCUGUUCUUUUUAAAUUUGUUUUCGGCAAAAUCAUUCUUCUAUAUUUGUGUACCUCCAAGAAAGUUCUGAGCUUAAUUAAAGCUGUUUUUAAGCUUGAAGUUAAUUUGGGCUCAAUUAAAAUUAAUGAAUGUCCUUGGUGAUUUCCAAGAGGUGCCACCAUUACCAGUCAAAUGUGCUGUUGUCUGGAUGCAAUCUGUUUAGAGUUACAUUUGGUUAAGAGAGUACAACAAUACAAAAUCUAUGGGACAGGUUGCCAUUCCUCUCGUCAGGUACAUGACAAUCGCUAAGAGCUGCCCAAAGUAAUCCUGCCUUCCAUACAAGGUCUGACCCCUGGGGAGGCACUGCUGUUGAGCAAACAUCCACGUACAGUUAGAAACAUAGAAAAUAGGUGCAGGAGUAGGCCAUUCAGCACCCCGUUCUGGCUUUUCCCCCAUAUCCCUUGGUUCCCUCAGCCCAUAGAACUAAAUCUAACUCUCUUGAAAACAUCCAGUGAAUUGGCCUCCACUGCCUUCUGUGGCAGAGAAUUCCGCAGAUACACAACUCUCUGGGUGAAAAGUUUUUCCUCAUCUCAGUCCUAAAUGGCCUACCUCUUUUUCUUAAACUGUGACCCCUAGUUCUGGAUUCCCCCAACAUUGGAAACAUUUUUCCUGCAUCUACCCUGUCCAAUCCUCUAAAGAAUGUUAUAUAUUUCCAUAAGACACCUUCCCAUCCUUCUAAAUUCCAGCGAAUACAAGCCCAGUCGACUAAUUAUUUCAUCAUUUGUCAGUCCCACCAUCCCGGGAAUUAACCUGGGUGACUCCCUCAAUGACAAUAAUGUCCCUCCUCAAAUUAGGAGACCAAAAUUGCACACAAUACUCCAGUUGAAUUGUUUCCUGGAAGUGCAUCAGAUCCCUUUUAACCCUCCAAGUGAAAGAAUUGUUUCUUGCUUUCUUCUAUAUUACUAAAAGUCUGAUCUUGACCACUUCCUGGUGUUCUGUAUAUUGAUUUUAGAAAAAAAAAACGCUGCCACUUACGGCUGUGAUUUUUGGCCAUCUUACUCAGAGUCCCCCUCCGCUGAGCAGGACAAGAGGAUUUAUUAGUGUUAAAAAAAUGUUGAGAUUCUCGCUCCUGAAGGCCACGCCCCUUCCG